AUGGGAUAUCAGUCAUCAUCGUCGGAGAAUCCAAAUUUGGAAUCCACAUUGAAAUCAAGGUUUGAUGAGGACAGAAGUACUGCUCUGAUGAGUUCUUACGCUGCAUGGCUGAGGAAGCAUCCUUCUGCCUUGGAAUCAUUUGAAGGAAUGAUGAUGCCAGCGAAAGGAAAAAGCUUGGUUGUGUUUUUAGAUUAUGAUGGAACUCUCUCACCAAUAGUGGAAGACCCUGAUCAAGCUUUCAUAUCUGACAAUAUGCGAUCAGCUCUUCAAGAGGUUGCAUGUAUCUUCCCUACUGCAAUAGUUACCGGAAGGCGUCGUGAUAAGGUGAAAGAAUUUGUUCAACUACACAAUGUGAUCUAUGCUGGUAGUCAUGGGAUGGACAUGUUGACCCCAGUUAGUCCUUUGAGGUGCAACAACAUGCAUAAAAGUGGAGCUCUUGAUGAAGAGGGUGACGAAGUUGUUUCCUAUCAACCUGCAAAAGCUUUCUUGCCUACGAUUCAAGAGCUACUGAAGGUGCUAAAAGAAAAAACUAAGACCAUUAAAGGUGCAAUGAUUGAAGACAAUAAAUUUUGCAUCUCUGUACAUUUUCGACGAGUAAAUAUAGAGGAUGUUAAUUCUCUAAAGGACAUGGUGAAAUCAAUCAUAGAAGCUUAUUCGGGCUUUCGCAUUACAGGAGGUAGAAAGGUUAUAGAAAUACGUCCUCGCAUUGAUUGGGACAAAGGCCGUGCUCUGCAAUAUCUAAUUCAAAAUUUGGGCUUCAAUGACUCUAAUGACUUCCUCCCAUUGUAUAUAGGAGAUGAUAAAACAGAUGAAGAUGCUUUUAAGGUUAUAAAGGACGUUGGUCGAGGUUAUCCCGUCAUAGUUUCUUCCAUCCCAAAGGAAACAAAAGCUUCUUAUUCUUUGCGAGACACUAAUGAAGUCAUGGCCUUCCUAGUAAAUCUAGUGAACUGGAAAAAAAGUUCUUCUGCAAGUAAUUAG